AUGGCUGUUUCUGUGGCCUUGUUACCUCGUUGGUUGUCUUUUCUUCUUCUUUUUGUCUUUGGUAGCUUAGGAGCAAAGGUUGUCACCAUUGAUGUACAUGCAGUCAAGGGUCUGAUCCAGACCGGCUACGUUUAUCUGGAUGUUAGGACGGUGCAAGAGUUCGAGAAAGGGCACGUGGAUGCAGAUAAGAUCAUUAACAUUCCAUACAUGUUGGAUACAUCCAAGGGCAAGGUGAAGAACCCAGACUUUCUGAAGGAGGUUUCAUCUGCUUGCAACAAAGAAGAUCAUCUCAUUGUGGGUUGCCAAAGUGGGGUGAGAUCUCUGUAUGCAACUGCUGAUCUUCUGGCUGAUGGUUUUAAGAAUGUAAACGACAUGGGAGGAGGUUAUCAAGACUGGGUUAAGAACAGGUUUCCAGUUAAAACACCAGUAGCCGAAGAGGAGCUAUAAUCAGUUAUAGUAGGAUCAUUCAUCUUUCUUUCUUAAUGGUUUCAUCACGGAGAUACCGCAUCCAUCCAUAUGUACCAACUUCAGAGAGUUCAUGAGUUCUACUUAUUAGAUAUUGGGAAGCUAUGUUUCCAAUUGUAUCUAUUGGAAGUGCAUAUACACAAAGAUUAUCUGGGGUAGCCAUUCAGAACAGUCUCGUUAAUUAGUCUUCUUGUUCAUGUGCAUAAAAGACAGACUUAUGAUCUGAUUAUCUUGAUAUUUAACUGAAGAAAAACGAAAUUGGACUUUUAUAAAGGUCGUUGACUCAUUUCAUUUAUUGUCUACAAGUUCUGUGUCCAUUGUAAUCUAUGGCAUU